CUUGUCGCCGCUAUGGAACGCACGCGGAGUUUGCUGCGCGUCUCGUACGUGCCUCGCGAUCGUUGUUACUAAACUUUUUACAACUAUACGAUUAUCUUUGUUAUCGAGUGAUUAAUGAAACCAAACUGGAGUUUUAAAGAUGCUAGUAAUUACAAAACAAGACAAUGACACUGCGUCGCUGUGAUAGUUUGCCCGGCCGGCUAUUGGAGGUGCCUGUCGCACCUGAUUCUAAACCUGCCUCUCCACCCGAAGCAAAAAUCCCAGAUUCCAGCACAGUUCCCGAUUUUAAUGACCCACCGAAACUAGAAGAAGUUAUAGCGACAUGGAAAUCACUUUAUACAGAUGUUGAAAAAAUAACAAAUGGUUUAUCUCCAAAUAGUGAAUCAUGUAAUGGUAAAGCUAACAGGGAAACUGUUACUCUUAAUGUCGUUUCCGAAUCUGGGUCUAGUAAGAACGAGACGUAUAGAAAACUUGUUUUUGAUAAAGCCAAUGCUGGUAAUACAAAUGAUAAGAAUGCGAAGAACACUAUUCACGCUGAUGUGGCCCAAACAAAUCCAGUGUACGGUACGAGUAAAGCACGGAGAAAGACUUUAUUGGAACGCCUUCUCUCCUGGCGAACUCCGGAGUGCAACUGUCGCGAAAAGUUUACACCAAAGCGACCAACACCGAGACUGACGGCUGAAGAAUUGUUAUGUACUUGUGGUGUUUCUCGAGCUAAUUUCCAACAAAGACGGAAUAAAUACGGAGAAAGAGGUCGCUCUAAAAGCGUGGGCUACGAAGCGGCUCGUGAAGUGACUCAGUUUCGUCGGUGUGCUAGUGCGGGUGCUACAGUGGGAAUUGAAACAGCAGCGGCGCUUCGUGCGCGGGCUGCGUUGACGCUCGCUCGUCGCUACUACCCUGAAGGUGGUUGGGGUUGGACGAUCACGGUCGUCGGGACGUUGGUGCAGAUAAUCACACACGGAUUGCAACUCGGCGGAGGUCCGGGGGCCGUGGCCUGCACCGCCGCAGUCAAGUAUCGUGUCCCACCGCUUUAUAGCUACGGUUGCCUGGGGGCGCUGUCAGUGGGCGUGGCGCUGGCGUUAUCACCGGUAUCGGUGGCUCUGUGCGUGCGGAAAUCGACGCGUGUCACGGCCGUCGUGGGCGGCCUGGUCGCUGCCCUCGGUUGCCUCUUCACAUCCUUCGCGACGCAGUUCCACCAGCUGUUCUUCAGCUAUGGGACUGUGGUGGGCGUAGGCGUUGGUCUGACAAGGGACUGCUCGACGCUGAUGGUGGCUCAAUACUUCAAGCGGCGCCGGGAGCUCGUCGAAAUCUUCAUAGUAAGCGGCAGCGGCCUCGGCAUCGCCGUCAUGUCGACAUUCAUCAAAGGCGCUAUAAGAGCAAUAGGUUGGAGACUAGGACUGCAGGCAGUAACAGGAGUCGUGUUCGUCACUUUCAUCCUCGGCACGUUUUACCGGUCCGCAUCUCUAUACCAUCCUCAGCGUCGUGCUAUCUUGCAUCUUAAGAACCAGAAUAAAAUCAAAAGGAAAAUGAAAGACAAGAACAAAUCGGAUGAUCGCCAGCCCUUCUUCGACUUCUCUACGCUGAGAUCAAAAACUGUACGAAUCCUGCUUAUGUCUACUGGUAUAUCGGCGUUCGGGAUCAAUACUCCGAUAUUUUACUUAGCUUAUCAUGCUGAAGAAGAAGGGUUAGGUGAUACUGCAGGCUUAUUGCAAGCGUAUCUCGGGUUAGCAUGGGCGGUGGGGUGUGCGGCAUUCGGCCUGUUGGUACGUCAGAAGUCAGCUGAAUGCCGUAUAGCACGGCAAUAUCUAACGCAGGCAGCGGUGUUCGUAUGCGCACUGGCCACCAUGGCGCUCACCGCUGUCGAGGGUUCCUAUAGCGGAUACGUGAUGUUUGCUUGGGUCUAUGGUAUAUUUUGUGGAGGUUACCAUUACUCUCUGAAGAUGUAUACCUACGAGAGAGUACGAUCUCGGAACUUCGCCAGGACUUGGGGCUUUGUACAGUGUUCUCAAGCCGUGCCUAUUGCAAUAGGAGUGCCCUUGUCAGGGUACAUAAAUGUGGGCUGCGGCGGUAAAGCGGGCUAUUACUUCAGUUCGACAUGCUCGCUGCUCGGCUCGCUGUCUCUCUUCUGCAUCGACCUGCACCGUCGCAGCGUCGCGCACAAACACACCAAAGAAAAUGGCGGUACGGCUCCCUGUGAGUCAGCGUGCGGCCAGUCUCGCCGCAGUCGCAGCAGGGACCGGGAGCCGAGGACGGCCACCGGCGCCGCCACUGCUUUAGUUCUAGGAGCAGAAUUAGUAGCACCGGGCAGGGCUGGGCGAGACCUCCUACUGGACAGCAUCGGGCCAGGUAGCCUGGGCUCCCCGCCGGCUAAGCUGCCGCCGGAGCUCACCUGCAUCAGCGAGGAAGGAGGUCUCGACUUGGACCUAGAUCUAGACAUACCAGAACAUCUUCUGGAGGACCUAGAUUGCGGUGGUGAUUGUAUCACUAGUUGUAAUAAGGUGGAAAACUAUCUAAUGCUGAGUGAAUACGAGAACAAUUUGAUAGCGGAGUUACCAAAUUUGAACGAGCGACGAGGCCGGCGCUGGUCUAUCGUGGUCGGCAACUCUCCGCCGCCCGGCACCAACGACAACCAAUCCACGCCUGAGCAUAGAAACUCUAUCAAAUGGAAGAAAAAGUGCCAUAACUCGAACAACAGACUGAUCACAGUGAUAAACGAGGCGUCCUUAUAAACUUGUAGUGAAAUGACAGCGAGACAAUAAAUAGCAUAAAUUGGUUAAUGUACCUACGACCUAUUUAACCUCAUAAUUUAUUUGAUGUGUGUGAAUAAUAGCGACAAAUGUGUAAUGCUCUGUAUAAGUUAUUAAAUUAUUACUACGAU